UAAUAAAAAUUUGGAGGGGAUUUAAGAGUAAAGAAGCGCAUGCGCUCAGGCAGCGCGCGACCUUCGAGGAAACUGAAAUAUUAGAGCAAGUGUGUAGUCCGCGAUCGACAGUCGCCGUGUGAUACAACAUUUACAGUUUGAGUAAGUGUCACUUUUGUGACAGAACAUCGUGGACCAAUCGCUGAAAUCUUCCGUUAAUGUCAAACUCUCAACUAUGAAAAUUGAUUGAUUUUCCAUCGUUUGUUUGACUGACCGAGCCUUGAAAAAAAAAAUACUCGUGAGUGUGGCACGUGCAGUUGGUUACCUUGUGUCUUGUGUUGAAAAAAACCCAUAAGAGGAGUACCUCGACAAAAUGGAUUUUAAGUUCAAUGUGAAUAGACUCCUACCGAGAAAAAUAAACAAGGUCACGCAGAGCUUGAUACCGGAAGACUUCAGAGGCGAUCGACGUGAAUUAAAUGAAUACCAGAGGCAGUUAUCAAGGAUCUUGGACGAGAUGGGCGAGGCAUCAGCAAGAGCUCAGGGCCUCAGCAAACCGAUAACAAGUGCUAUGAAACUACGAGACACUGACCACAUCGUUUAUCUUCUCGUUGAUGCCGAGGGCAAUGGGGGGCUCGGAUGUGUCAUUGGUCUUCUGAAGACUGGCUCCAAGAAUCUCUUCAUGUUCGAUGAUGUUGGAGUUCAUUUCCAGUUACAACCGAGAUGCAUUCUUGACUUUUACAUUCAUGAAACGAGACAACGUAUGGGAUUGGGAAAGGUUCUCUACCAACACAUGCUGAUGGAGGAGCGUAUGAGGCCUGUGAAGCUGGCGAUUGAUCGUCCAUCCGAGAAAUUCCUGCAAUUCCUGCAUAAACAUUAUGGACUCGAGAAAAUUAUACCCCAGAACAAUAAAUUCGUCGUGUUUCAUGGCUUCUUCGACGAUGAGUUCCAAGACGUUAGGGGCAAUCGAUACAAUUUACAGUCACGAGGGUCUGUUGAGGGUUCAGUGUAUAACAACAAUGACAUUCGAAAGUCUCAGUCAGCUAGCAUUAAUGGGCACUCAACCCCCCAUUCAGCAGCCCCUCGAAGCUCCUAUGGACGUUACGCAGCCGCCAGGCCACAGUGUUCCAUGGCCAAUAUAAUUCAUAAUGCCCCAGUUUUUGGACAGACAACCGAACGAACUGGAAUAAAUUUUUGUAGUGAAAUAUCGUCAAACCCGGGUCCGAAAAUGGAACGUCCUCGUUCUCUGAGUUUGUACUCUGAGGAUGAGCAUAGGACUCGUCCCCAGGAGACGAGCAAUGCACCAACUCCUGCCGCGGAGUACGUGCCCCAGCCAACGCCCUUUACAUCAUUACGACCAAUACCAACGCCUGCUCCACCGCCUGUACCAGAACCAGAACGCCUACCCGAGCCCGAACCAGAGCCAGAACCAUCACCCAAACCCGAGCCUGCUCCCAAAGAGAUCGAACCUGUAAUUCCUGUUCACGUCGAGGAGAGACCAACGACGAGUGUAAAAGCAUCACCAUCUUGUGCACAAGAAGUUGGUGGCAAUCAGUCAGGACACUUGGAUCUCAAAUUUUAUCACUCACCUUUGUGGUAGAGACUAUGAAGCACUAAUUUCCACAUGUUUAGUAAAAUACCUUGAGAGUUUUUGAAUUUUAAUUAAUUUUGAAGGGAAUUCCGAUGGAAAUUUCAAUGUUUGUGAAAUUAUUGGAAUUUUUACGGGAGUUAUGGCAUUCGCUAAAACAUUGCCAGAAAUUCCGGGUCAACUUGCGAUGAUUUUUCUCCCCGUACCGCCAAUUCGAAGAUAAGAAUAUAAUUUGUAGAAUUUCUUCACUCAUAAUUUUUCAGUACAAAAUAUGCAAUUUGUAUAUUUAGUUCACGGUGUGAAUUUUACGCUCUUAUGUUCAACGACCACUUUGUAGUUUUCUGUUCGAUAAUAUUAAACAGAAGCAACAUGAUAGAGGUCAAAUAAUGACUAAUUAUUUGUAGAAAUCAUUGGCAACGCACAGCUACUUGCAUUGAUAUCGCUCUAAACUUACAUUAAAGAAUAUCAAAAAAUUAAAUAUGCUAUUCCUCGCCCCGUACUUAUUUGUACAUAGAAUAAACCGUAUGAAAUCGACUUAGAUUGGUAAUAAAACUUGCAAGGAUCCAUAAGCCCUAUGACUCAUUAAAUGGCAACUAUGUGAAUAACAACAAAAAAGUUAAACACAAAUCAAAAGUCAGAAAUGGGGAUAAACAUAUUCAAACUCAUAUUGAAAUAUUCACACUCUUGAUAUAACAUUUUACAGAAUAAAGACUCAGUUAAGCCGUCAACUCGUCUUAUUAUUUAUCACAAAAGGAAGACGUAGUAACUAUAACUAUAAUCAAGACGAUGAUCAUUUCUCGUCAAUUAUAAAAAUAUUUAAACAGACACAUUCUCUCAUACGUGGUAUUCACCCCCGUCAAGUUUUUCAUCAGUCAACCAAGACACGAGACCAAGGCAUGUAUCAGCUUCCAAGUACAUGACACCUAUCAAUAAACCAUUGAGUAACCCCAGAACGAUUCCUGCAAUUAUAUCAAGAAGGUGAUGUCUCCGCAUUAACAGUCUCGAGAUGCAAACGGAUAUCGUCCAAGCUAGCAGAGGAGGUAUGAAUACAAAGGACACUGGCCACAGAUUUAUGAAGAAAUAGGUGAUGAAUGUCGUUCUCGAGGCAUGUCCAGAUGGAAAGGAAUAUUUAUCGGGUCCCACAGCGAAGGGAUCGUCACUUUUCAUGGGCCUUCGUCUUCGUGUUACUGCCU